AUGGCAGACACAAAAAUGGACGAAGAUAUUGCCCUCGAAACCCCAGCUGCAGAUGUAUUCAUCGCUCCCUCCAUCCAUCACGACCUCCUCAUCUCAGGCGCAUCCUAUAACCACUUCUCACCCGUUCCACCAUCCCUCCUCCCAAUGCCCAAUUCCGACCCAGAUACAGAGCCCACAGCUGGUCCACCAUGUGCACUGGGAGUCGACGAAGCUGGUCGUGGUCCAGUUCUAGGACCUAUGGUCUACGGACUUUUCUACCUCCCACUCCCAUUAUCUGAUCCUUUACUACGCCAAACCCAUCAUUUCGACGACAGUAAAGUCCUGACUCCUGCUGUACGCUCGGAUCUCAUGGAGAAGUUGUGUACGUCUGCAACGGAUCUUUAUACACAAUGUGGAUGGGCGGUGGAAGUCAUGUCUGCGCGGGAUAUUGGCGCGAAUAUGAUGAAGCCGAUCAGUACUUAUAAUUUGAACGCCCAAGCUAUGGAUGCGACUAUUGGAUUGAUACAAGGAGUUUAUAAAAAGGGAGUCAAUGUGAAGGAGAUUUUCAUCGAUACGAUUGGAAACCCAGAAACGUAUCAGAAGAAAUUAGCAAAGAUAUUUCCUACGGCCAAGGUCAUGGUUGCAAAGAAGGCGGAUAGUUUAUAUCCUUGUGUUAGUGCCGCUAGUGUAUGCGCAAAGGUUACGAGAGAUGCCGCAUUGGAAGUCUUAUACGAAAGUUACAUUGAGCCUUCAAAAGACGAAAAAGAAGAAAUGGGCGGAACAAAAGUACCAGAAGAGGCAUCCUGGGGAUCAGGAUACCCUUCAGAUGCAAGGUGUUCAGGCUGGUUGAAACGUAACAUGGAUCCAGUAUUCGGCUGGGGAAGCGAAUGUCGAUUCAGUUGGGGAACCGCAAAGGAUAUGUUGGAUUUGAAGAAUGCAGCAGCCAAGGUGGAAUGGCCGAUUGAGGGAGAUGACUCUGCGCGAUUGACGAAUUACUUUAGUUCCGAGAAGGAGAAUGAUACCGAUGAGCUGGGAUCGUGGUUUGGACAUUCUGUUGAGGAAGUCUUUUGA